AUGAAAACCCCAAAGUCCACCCCUCUCACGGAGUCUAUGGUUGAUUCUGAACUGUGCAAGUUAUUUGAAACUGGUGAUGGGGAAAAGCCCAACCUUACUUGUUCGAUGUCUGAUUCUAAAAUUCAAGAAUAUCUACAGGCAAUCAAACCCCAGGAUAAUAGUGCUGUGAUUGGCCCCAGUUCCGACACUCCUUCUGGCUUUACUGGUGAUUCUGGGAAUAAUUCGGACCGAUUUACUGUAAAUACAAUCUUUAUUGCAAAUGUACCAUUGGCUUGCGCUCUUCAUGAGUCUAUGAAACAAAGAUUUAUUAAGCAAUUGGCAGUAUGGAUAGGAAGCACCACCAAUGCUAUCGAGUCUAUCAGAUUCAGAUGCCUACCUGUAUUGUCUUCUUCUAUGAAAGAUGGCAAAGCACCACUUCCAAAAAAGGUUGCAAUUUCAAAAAAGUUGCUCAAUCCUUCGCAUCAGUCCGUUAUUGCAUAUGUGCGCUUCUUGGAGAAUUGUGGGGUAUUGCUUGAUGACGCUGUUACAAUGAUAAACGGUAAGGUAUUCCAAGAGAUGCAUUUAAGGGCAGAUCAUGCCUCAGAGCACGGGCUUAGCGGAUCGAAAUUUGAUGAAUCUAAAACGCUUUUUAUUGGAAAUAUUCCCAGGACUGCGAGCGAAGAUGCAUUGCGUGCAGUUUUUGAAGCAAAUUCGUGUACAUCUAUUACCAGAAUUCGACUAAUAAGAGAUUCCAAAUCGCAAGAUUGCAAGGGCGUAGGGUACAUUGAAUUUAAGGCAUGUCAUUUUUCUCAAAUGGUAGGAUUACAUCAAGUCCCAGCCAAAGAGGGUAGACAUCAAGCUCCAACAAAAGAGGGGCAGUCAAGGUAA